AUGGGAGGCAGUAAGAAGCUUGUUGUCUCUAAAACUUCAUCUUCUCGUACUACUAUCAGGCCGUUGCUUGACACAGUGGAUCGGCUGAGGAACCUGAAUGUGAUGAAAGAAGGGAUCCAGCUUCCCACCAUUGUCGUAGUUGGAGACCAGUCCUCUGGAAAGUCCAGUGUUCUUGAGUCGUUGGAAGGAAUCAGUUUGCCUCGUGGGCAAGGAAUCUGCACUAGGGUUCCUCUUGUUAUGAGGCUUCAGGGAAGUAGUAGCUCUGAACCUGAGAUCUGGCUGGAGUAUAGUGACAAAGUUGUUCCAACGAAUGAAGAACACAUUGCUGAAGCUAUUUGUGCUGCAACUGACGUGAUCGCUGGGGAAGUUAUAAUGGUUAUGGCGGCAACUUUAUUCAAGCUAAAUUCACUUGAGUCUGAAACGGAUAAAGAGAUGACAACAACGAGUAAGAUUGUGGUUCAAUAUCAAGAAACUUUCACAUAUCGCAAGUCUAUAAAGAAGAAGAAGAAAGUGAGUUUUGAAAGACAUGAUUCUGAAUCUGGUGAUGAUGGUGGAAAACAAUCGAAGAAGAAUAAGCACAAGAGGGUAUCUGGUGGAGAUAAGAUAGUAAAUAUCGAAAGUUUCAAAGUUAGUGAAGGAAGUCGAACACAAGAGAAAUCUUUGCUGAUGUUUUAUAGAAGAACAUGGAAAGCUUGGAAGAAGGGUUACCUGCUGUAUGAAGUUAAAACCGACGAGGACAAAGAAGACGAAUCUGACGAAGGAGCUUCUGACCCAGAGGAGGAGAUCGGAGUUGAUAAAGUCUGUGAGUGGAUUGAGAGUUUGUCCAAGUUAUGGAAACGUGACCUUGAGUAUAUAGAUACAGGGCAGAAUGAUGAUGUUAAGAAGAAUGAUGUGAAGAAAGAAAAGAAAAAGAAGAGCAGCAAGAAGAUGAAGCUGAGCGUAGAAGAUGUCAAAAUCAAUAACUCUAAUGCUGUUUUGAAAUUCAAAAUCACGGAUCCGUUGAGGGAGAAGCUUCAAGCAACGACUUCAGAGAUGAUUCUUGGUGGUGCUGAUCUUGUUGGAAGGGCCCGUACUGGGCAGGGUAAAAAAUUGGUUUUGGUGUUACCUAUAUUGAAGUCUUUGAUCAAUGGACCUGCAAAGAGAAAAAAUAAGAAUAGGUAUGGCAGGCCACAGAGUGUUUUGAUACUUUUACCAACCAGAGAAUUGGCCAAGCAGGUGUUUGCUGACUUUGAUGCAUACGAAGGAUUUGUUGCUUUAAAUUCUUGUUGUGUCUAUGAGGGUUCUCAGGAGAUUAAACUAAAGAGAGGUGCUGACAUUGUAGUUGGUACCCCUGGUCGUAUCAAGGAUCAUACUGAAAGGCACAACAUUGCUACUAGGUUUCUGAAACAAGAUAAGAAGACAAUUGAUCUUGUUGGUAAUGAUAAAAUAAAGGCCAGUAAUAGUGUUAGACCCAUUGCUCUUCCAUGCAGUAAGCAAUCUAUGUCAAGGUUGAUUCCUUACACCAUCAGUUUGUAUAGCAGUGGAGGUAGUAAAAUCUGUUUCACUAAGACUAAAGAUCAAGCUUCUCAGUUUUCUGGUUUGUUACCCGGAGCUAGAGCUUUGCAUGGUGACAUUCAACAAUCACAACGUAAGAUUACUCUUGUUGGAUUUAGAAAGGGCCAAACCGGAGGAGCCGGUAAAAGUGGAGUUGCGAUUAUGUUAUACGGUUCCAGAAAGUCUGGCUUGUCCAGUAUUGAAAAACAAACUGGUAAAAGGUUUGAACAUGUUUCUGCACCACAGCCUAAUGAUAUUGCCAAAGCUGUUGGUAUGGAAGCUGCUGAGAAGAUUAUACAGGUCUGUGACGGAGUGGUUCCUGCGUUUAUGACGGCUGCAGAGGAGGUUGCAGAUGAGUAUGGUGAAGGCGACAAGCUCUUAAGAAAUUGCUUUUUAAGACAGAUGGUAAAGGAGAACGAUGGAAAUAGCAAAACUCAAGUGAUUGGUGAAUCUGAGAUUGAGUCAUUUGAGAAAGAUGAGGACUUGGUACUUGAUCAAAAGGAGUUUGAGACUCUGUAUCAUCAUGAGGAGAAGAGUGCAGGGGAUAUUAUUAUGGGUCAGUCUAGAAUCUCUGAAGAUUCUGCGGAAAAGAACAACGAGGAUAGAAUGAAGAUUGGUCAAAGCUGUGUUGAGUAUGAGAAUCUGGAGAGUUUUCUUAAGUUACCUCUCGAGGAUCCCUGCAUAUUAGCUCACAAGGAGAAUGAGUCUCUGCGAAUUGUGUGGAGAACCCUUGGUCUGAAAAUAGCUGCUACCUAUUUUAGUUUGUAUGUUGUUAAUACAUGUAAGGUAUUGUGGAUUGUGAACGCAAAGGUCGAGACUUUCGAGCUUGGAAAGACACGGGUGUCAAAUUUGAGGCCGAGAAAGUCUGAUCUUAGGACUGAUCGGAGAUACAAAAGAAAUCCAAGAACCUGGGCAGAUAAGAAGGAGAAUGAAGGCUCCGGUUUAAGAGGAAACAAACUCGGUCAGGUUCGCGAUCAAAGAGAUCCGUAUCCAGACAUACUGAAACAACGGAGACUAAGAGAUCACUACAAGAAAUAUGGCUAUUGGUAG